AUGGUGUCUAAACAACUUAUCCAUGUCAAUGGCUUAAGCUUGACCGUGUAUGGUUUAGAAGAGUAUCAAAAACUCGGCAAAGACACACCUGUGUCUGUCAUGUUUGCUCUCCAUGGUAGACUUCAGAACCAGUCCAAAAUGGAACCUAUUGCACAAGAACUCUGCAAGCUGAAUGAGUUUAGAACAGAAGGAAAACGUCAUAUUUUGGUUGUUACGUUUGACUCUGCAAACCAUGGUAGCAGACUCGUUCAUAAGCUUGCCAAUUUUGCAUGGGUUGAAGGAAAGCACCAGAACCCAAAUCAUGCAAUGGAUAUGUGGGGCAUGGUUAGCUCUGCCACAUCCACUGUUUCUGAAUUAAUUGAUGUGCUGGAGCAUUAUUUGUUUGGCCCUUCUGAAAAUCCUAUUGUACAAGUGUGGGGUGUGCUUGGAUUUUCUAUGGGCGGUCAUGCUGCAUUUUUAGCAGCUGCUAAUGGUAUUAUAGUGUUCCGCCUCUCUUUUUACAAACUGGCUCACCUAUCACUUUUCUUACAGAUCCUCGUAUCACAGUGGCUAUCCCCAUUGUUGGAAUAUCUGAUUUUUUAG